UUAUUGUUGUUUUUUUUGGUUUUAUUUUAUAAUGCAGUAUUACUAUGCUUUUAUCAGAUAUGUCGGGAAGAACACCUUUAUACAGGAAAGCCUCUGUUUUCUUCAGUUCAGCCAUUGCUGGGGAAUUGGUUAAUUACAUUAAGAAGGAUACCAUUCUGUUGCCUUGCAUAACAUUGAAAGAGAUGGACUUGGAGUAUUUUGCUAUAGAUAGUCAGAGUUUUAUCACUGCUGAUGAAAGCGCUUUAGAGGAUCUUUUUGGGUUUGAAGAGAAUACCUACAAGGGUGAUAGAUGUUUAAACGUGAUGGCUACCCGCAUUGCUUCUGUUUUUGCUUCACUGAGGGAAUUCCCUCUUAUUCGCUAUCGCGCUGCCAAGUCCAUUGAUGCAACCACACCGACAACUUUCUGUGAUCUGAUUCCUACAAAGCUUGCAGCUGGUGUAUGGAACCAUCUGAUGAAAUAUAAACAGAUAAUGUCUAACUUCCCUCAAGCAGAAACCUGUGACUUACUCAUCCUUGACAGAUCUGUCGAUCAGAUUGCACCUGUUAUUCAUGAGUGGUUCUAUGAUGCCAUGUGUCAUGACUUACUGGAUAUCGAGGGAAAUAAGUAUGUCCGUGAGGUUUGUAGAAAAAGCAGUGGCCCGCUGGAGAAAAAGGAGGUUCUUUUGGAUGAAGAUGAUCCUGUCUGGCUUGAGCUUCGCCAUGCACACAUAGCAGAUGCUAGUGAACGGUUGCAUGAGAAGAUGACUAACUUCAUAGCCAAGUAUAAGGACACUCAAAUCCAUUGUUCAAGAUAUGGUGGUGAGUUGUCUGCACGAAACUUGCAAAAGAUGGUUCAAGCAUUGCCACAAUAUAGUGAACAAAUUGACAAGCUCUCCCUCCAUGUAGAGAUUGCUGGAAAUAUUAAUAAAAUGAUCACAAAUCUGAGGCUUAAAGAACUUGGGGAACUGGAGCAAGAUCUGAUUUUUGGAGGUGCAGGAAUAAAGGACGUAAUUAAAUUUUUUAAAAUAAAUGAGAACACUACUCGCGAGGAUAAGUUGCGUUUAUUAAUGAUUCUUGCAGCCAUUUAUCCUGAAGAAUUAGAGGGUGAGAAAGGGCUCAACUGGAUGAAGUUAGCAAAAUUACCAGCUGAGGAUAUGAGUGCUGUGAAUAAUAUGAAAUUGCUUGGGGGAUCACCAGAUGCAAAGAAAAGCUUCACUGGAAUUUUCUCUUUGAAAUUUGACUUCCACAAGAGAAGGCAUGUAGCUAGGAAGGAACGCAUUGAUGUCGAGGAAACAUGGCAGUUGUCACGCUUUUACCCCAUGAUAGAGGAACUUAUAGAAAACCUUAGCAAUGGUGAAUUAUCAGAAAAGGAAUAUCCAUGUCUUAAUGGGCCCAGUGCAACUUCCUACGGAUCAUCUCCUACUUCACAUGUGCAUCAAGGUCUUGCUCAUUCAACAAGAUCAAGACGAACACCGACAUGGGCUAAGCGUCAAAAUGUUGAUGAUAAAUAUUCCAGUGAUUCAGUACUGAAACAUGCAUCCAGUGAUUUGAAGAGGAUGGGUAGGCGUAUUUUUGUAUUUAUUGCAGGUGGAGCCACUCGAUCAGAGUUAAGAGUUUGUCACAAACUAACGAAUAAACUGAAGCGGGAAAUUGUUCUUGGCUCUUCAAGUCUCGAUGAUCCUUCACAAUUUGUAUCGAAAUUGAAGCAGCUUGCAGCCCAUGAACUCUCACUGGAUGUUCGCAAGAUCUGAUCAAUGUGGCAAAGGGGUUUAGAGUUGAGGGGAAAGAGAGAGUCUGAUUGAUUAAGGGAAUCAGGAGGUGCUGCAGGCGGCCUGAGUGGCAACGGUUGUCAGUUAUGCAUCUCAACUAUUUUAAUUAUGCGUGUCAUUUAUAUGUCCAACCAAUGAUGAAAUUGCGAGAGAUGCAAAUUUAUUGAAGUUUCUCGAGUGAGGAACAUUGCUAAAAUUAUACACAACAAGGUGAGGGAUGUAAAAAGGAUCAAAUAUGAAGAUUUUCACACUACCAAGAAAAAACACAGCGGAACUAAUUCCGUCCAUAAUUCUCGACGGAUUAUCGAAAAGCAAAUCAUCGAUGGAAAUCACCAAUGAACACUGUGUAGUCGAUAUUUGGUUGGUACAAUUUGGUUGUAAAGAAAAAAAUACAGGGCGUCAAAUUUAUUGAUUAACAAAUUCGUCGAUUACAGUUACUAUUAAUGGAUGUAAUUGACGGAAUUUUUGGUAGGCACAAAUGGUCGGUGUGGAUGGAAUAGUUUUAAAAGCUAUCGAAUGAAACGUUCGUUAAAUUAAAAACAAAGGAGCUCACGGGGUGCCUUUUCCAUUCUCCUUUUCCCCUAAACCCUAGUCCGUCCGUCACGCCUCGACUCUCUGCUUCCCUUCAUUGUUGUUGGGCAUGUUUAUGCCAUGGAUUUGGUUUAAAACCCAAAUGUGCACGGUUUUAAUUAAAGGCGUGGUUUUAUAAAAAUCCUCCGUAAGUCUCGGAGAGAUCUCUACCCAUCCUUUUGGUAGGUUAUUAUUGCGAGAGAGCCAGGUACUUUCAGCCCUUUGAGUGGACUUGUGAGCAUGGUGGUCAGUCUGCAGCACCCUACAC